GGGGCGUAGGCAGGAAUUUGAGGAAGGGGGGGCUGAGCUGUUCGCGCCAGAAACUACUUGGCGCGGAGCGCCGAAAAUUCCGGUGACCAGGAGCCACACCCCCUAAUUAAUGACUCAUUGCGCAUGUGCAAGAAAUAGCCACACCUUGCUUCAAUUAAUAAUACUGCUAAAGCUAGCUAGCUAGCCGUAGCUAGCUAGCUUAGUUGCACUAAAGAAUCAAAGUUACUAGUAUAGUAUAGCUAGCUCUUGGACAUGCUGUUUGUCUGCCACUAAUCUAUACCAGUAAUUCCCAGGCUGAAGACUCAUCAGAGAAGGUGGGGCUCUUAGUGUAGUUUUUGCAGAGAAAGGGGGGGCUCCAGCCCCCAAAGCCCUCCCCCUCCCUACGCCCCUGGUUAUGCGUCGCUCUUCUCCUGGGGAUCGUCCAAGGAGAGGCCCUGAGCAAUUUUAUUCGUCACUACGAGCCUCUCACUUACGAUAGCGAGUCGUUGCUAUGGAACCAUCACAAAAUGAGACGCAGUAUGGUGGGGGAGAAGUCUCUAGAACUACAGUUCACUGCCUUUGGAAGGGACUUCAAACUGCUGUUGAAACCUGAGACCCAUUUCUUCCACAAAAACUUCACCCUAGCCAUUGACGGACAGAAAUCAAGCAGUCAAUUGGCCAAAAUCCAUUUGUACAGCGGCAUUGACCAAAAUGACCCUUCUGUUCGUGUCCAUGGCAACCUGGCUCAUGAGGUGUUUGACGGAACGAUUAUUGCCGAUGAGGAGAUGUACCAUAUUGAACCCUCGCGCAGAUAUCUUCGAGAUGCAAGUCACCACAGUGUCAUUUAUCGGCACUCAGAUCUCGACUUAUCCACUGUUUCCAGGGCAACCUGUGGCUCCUCCCAUGAAGCCUUACGCAGGGAACUUCUACAAUUGCAAGACUCUGUCAUCCGUAGUGCUGAGUCAGCAAGACUUCAAAAACGCCAGACAACAGGGUUCGAUUCCACUCUGGUUAGAUGUUGGCUGUAUGCGAUUGCUGAUUACAAAUUUGUGACUGCUUUGGAAGCAGCUGGAGACAAUCCACUGAGCGUGAUGUCAACUAUUAUAUUGACGGGAAGCAGAAUAUUUGAGCGUACCGACUUUGACGAUGACGGGUUGGCUGACGGCAUUCAUUUUGGUAUUCUUGGUAUGGAGGUCGAGAACACUCCUCCUGCUAGUGGCACUUUCUACGAUAACCAGUUUAUUAGUGUACUGGAAUUUCUCAACGAGCACUCGACAGCUGAUUGGUCGCAGUACUGUCUGAGUUAUCGGUUCACUAGUCGUGAUUUUGAUAAUGGUGUUGUAGGAUUAGCAUACGUGGCACCACAAUCUGGAGUCAAUGCAGCAGGUGGCAUCUGUGAGAACAUUCAGACCUUCCCUGGAGAUGCGAACCAGACUUUCUCUGGAGGUGUGAACCGGACCCUCAAUACGGGGAUUGUGAGCAUUUUAAACUACAACACUCGCAUCCCUUCUGCCAUAGCCGCGUUCACCUUCGCACACGAGGCAGGACACAACUUCGGCUCAACACAUGACCCCCCUGUGGACCCCCCUGAGGCUGGCGGUGUGUACCUAAUGGACGCAUUCCCCUUAGAUGGUAGUCAGCCCAACAACGAUCAGUUCUCUCCACGCAGCCGAGCCGAGAUGUUGGGAGCUAUUCGUGAUCGUGGGCAGAGCUUAAGUGACGGUUGCUUAUUAGCAGACAGUUUGUGUGGUAACAAUCUCCUGGAUGAGGCGGAGGGGGAACAAUGUGAUUGUGGUCCCCUAGUGAAUAGUGACGGUAUCUGUACCGACAACCCGUGUUGUAAUGGCACUUCUUGUCUACUGACUACGAGUAUGAACUUUGAUUGCAUCAGUCCUUCCUUUCAAGUCUCUGAAUAUUAUGUUGAGAUAUCUGAAUCCGUUUUAUUUGGACAUUUGUUGAUUAUCGUGAUGGCCACUGAUGUGGAUACCGAAAACCUCACAUAUGACAUUACUAGUGGAAAUGAGCAAAAUAAGUUUUCACUUGAGCCUGACACUGGUCAACUAUUAGUCACAUCAUAUUUAGACUUUGAGGACACUCAGACUUACACACUGACAGUUAGAGCUACCGAUAAUGUCACCCCUCCAGCUUUUGCAAGCAUUACGGUGAACGUGCUUAAUGAAAAUGACAAUGCUCCAAUGUUUUCCAUGGCUGCUUAUUCCACAACUAUACCCGAGAAUACUCCACUCAACAUUACUGUGCUAUGUGUCGGUGCUAUAGACAGAGACAAUGACUCGUUGAUUGCUUACGCUCUGGCUGAAACUGAUGUGUUUAGAGUUGACAGUUCGGGUGCAAUAUUUACACAGGAGAGGCUGGACUUUGAGAAUGCAUCCUCACACUCGUUCAUGGUCAUAGCAACAGACAAUGGCAAUCUGCAACUUUCAACAAUAGCUCCUGUGACAAUAUUUGUAGCUGCAAGAAAUGACACUACUAUUGACCUGGGUACUGUUGGUUCUUCAUGUCCAGGUGUGAUGGUUUGUGAAGCUGAACAGGAUUCUGUCUGGUGGCUUUUCUUCCCUGUCACUGUGGCUGGCUUUUCCUAUUCCCGGCAAUGCCCACAAAAUGGAACGGGAACAACUUCAGGUACUGCGACUCGUUUCUGUACACUUAAAGGAAUGUGGGAAGCAAUGAAUAUUGAUAACUGUGCUAGGGAAGAAAUCAGUUUACUUAAUAACACGGCAAAUGAAAUAUUUCUUAGAAAUGCCUCUCAGAAUGAAGUUGAUAACCUUCUUGUUUCUCUUGCGGAGGCUACUAAUGUCAAUGCAACAGGAGACUCCACCAUAUUCCCUCAAGAUCUCAGCACUACUAAUUUGAUUGUCAAGUCAAGUGUGAAUUACCUAAUUCAGAACAUAGAGUCUGCUGGUCCCAUGUCCUCUCUCAAUUUUAGUGAAGGAGUUCUGAACAUUCUUAGCAAUGUUCUUGAUGAGAGGAAUACAGAAGGAUGGAAAGAUUGCAAGAGGUAUAAUAAUGGCAAAGAGUUAUAUGGUCAGUAUGUGUCAUUGGCACUAAGGAGUGAAGCUGUGGAUACAGGCGACAUGACUGAAAUUACACUUGUGAGACAGAAUAUCGUGCUAUCUGCAAUGAAAGUUGACCCCACUAAUUUGGAAGACAUUACAUUUCCUGAAGUUAUUAAAGUCAGUGAAGAAACAGGCUCAGCUCAAACUGUGAUACCAGCUGCUCUCUUUGCGGAGAGAGGCGCCCGAGAAGGGAAUGUUUCAGCAGUCAACAUUCUAUUCUCCAACUUGGAGGGUUUUCUUCCAAAAACCAAUCUUGAAAUGAACACGACCAGACCGGUCUCACAGGUUAUUUCUAGUCAAGUCUUCUCCGAUGUGAAGUUAAAUAACUUUCAGACAAAGGCAACCUUCAAUUUCACUACCCAAAAGUUUUCUGAAAGUGAAGUUGCAGAAAAUGCCACAUGUGUAUUUUGGAGUGUUUCUAGUGAUGCGGCCAACAGCAGGUGGUCCAUGGAAGGUGUGACUACAGUCAGUGUGGAUGAAGACAAGCAAAUGAGAGUAUAUAAUAUUGUCUGUGAGAGCAGUCAUUUCACAGCAUUUGCUGUUCUAAUGGAUGUCACUGGAGCACUGAAUGACACAACUCCAGAGAUCAGGUUUGCUCUAUCGUUGUUGACUUAUGUCGGUUGUUCCAUCUCCAUCUUUUUUCUUCUGUUAACUAUCAUCUAUUUCCUGGCAUUGAGAAAAGAACUGCUGACCAGAGUUCAUAACUUCAUCCAUCUCAACCUGUCUAUUUCUUUGCUCCUUGGUUACGUGGCGUUCUUGUCAGGAAUACAGACUGCUGUGGCCAACAAGAUAGCAUGUGCGUUUGUGGCUGCUCUCCUUCACUACUUGUUCACUGCUGUGUUCUUUUGGAUGCUCUGUGAGGGAAUCAUGCUCUAUCUCAUGUUGGUGGUUGUCUUCAGCCAAAUAUCCAAGAAAUGGUGGAUAUUCUUUAUUAUUGGAUGGGGUGUUCCAGUGAUACCGGUGGCUAUAUCUGCUGGACUUAUUCAUGACCAGUAUGGCACAGAAGAGUAUUGUUGGAUUGCUGUUGGUGCUGGUGAUAAAGGAGCCGUAUGGGCAUUUGUUGCACCGAUGCUACUAGUUGUUCUGGUGAACAUAUUCUUCCUCUUGGCUGCUUUGUGCAGUGUCUAUAAACAAAAAAAAUUAACCAUGCAACAAAGAGGAAAAAAGGAAUCUUUACAGUUAUUCUCACAACUCUUCAAGGCCACUAUAAUUCUUCUUCCACUACUCGGGUUGACUUGGGUGUUUGGUCUACUCUCAGUCAACAGCAACACUAUUGUGUUUGCAUGGUUAUUCACUAUCUUUAACUCACUGCAAGGCCUGUUCGUAUUUUUCUUCCAUGUGCUCCGGAGUGAAAAGGUUACAAAUUUUCUAAAGCGGUGCCGAAGCAAGACUGACAGUGGUGCAUCUACUUCUACCUCAGGAAAAAACAAUCUGAGCAAGAAUCCAACGACUAUUGUUCAUCUCAAGCCAAGAGACUCUAAAUUCAGCAAACACGAUCGUAGUACCAUGCAAAAUGAAUCCAUUAAAGUCGACGAGACUGCAUUGGAAACGGGCUCACCAAAGUCGUGGAUUGCUUGAAAAUGAGGAAAAGUGGCAAAAAAGUAUAACCCAUAAUUAGGUAAAAGAACUUUCACACUCACAGGAAAGCCUUGUGAUGCCCAGGUUGUAGCAUAGAUAUACUAACUGUUUUAUUGUCUAGUGCCACUAUAAUAUACUUAGUCUAAAUAGCGGUAUGACUAUAUAUUAUAUAGAAGCACGUAUAUAUAGGCUGUUGUUAUGAGUGGCAAGUUUUUAUAUGGUGCAUAUAAUUAUAGCUAUUAUACUGUCUGAAUGCAUAGAGCUACAGUAUAGAAAACUAGAUUAUAAAGUCACUUGUUUUGUUCAGAUCGUUUUAUAGUGCUUAUAAUUAUGCAGACAUUAUUACUAUAAUUAUA